AUUUACAGUACUACCUCGAAUAUCAGAAAAGAAAUCCUACGUCUUAAUUGUGUGGUCAAAACCAAAAAGAUGAGCAGAAACAUGACUAGUACUACUGUAGUAAUGCUGGUUUUAUUAAUUACCUGCAGUGCGGUUAUGAAAGAAAGCAGUGCUCAUUCUUGUAGCAGUACUUUCUUUUCAGCAUUGAUUCAGCUGAUACCUUGUAGGGCAUCGGUUGCUCCGUUCAGUCCGAUGCCACCAACCGAGGCAUGCUGUGCUUCGAUCAAGGCGUUAGGGCAGCCAUGUCUGUGUGUUCUUAUCAAUGGCCCUCCGAUUUCUGGUGUUGAUCGAAACAUGGCCUUGCAGCUUCCUGAUAAGUGCACUGCCAACUUUGAACCAUGUGAAUUUGGAAAGUAAGACUACUCCUAGAUUCAAGUAGUUGUGGACAAGGAAGAAGUAUAGAAUAAAUGUGCAGGGGAGCUCGGCUUAGGACUGCUACUCUGAACAAGUAGUUUAUGAACAAUUGAAAUAUGUACUAAAUCAAAGUGUUUAAUUAAUUGUUAUAGUUUAUUUAGCUUGUCUUAAUAUUGUUAUAAUAUUCAAUAUAAGUACUAUGUAAUGCAAAAUGUUUCACUUUUGAUCUCA